AUGGUAAAGCGCAAGAGCGAAAUAGCUCUGGCUGACGCUGAUCAGAACAGAUCGAUCAGAGAAAAGUAUUUCAAGACCGACAAAUCCAAUGUUCGAACGUCCAGUCUUUUCAUGCCCAUCAUGGCGCUGGAGGGUCACGAAGGUGAUAUAUUUGCGACGAAAUUUCAUCCUGAAGGGGAUUAUUUGGCAUCGUCAGGUUACGAUAGAAAGAUUUUCAUAUGGAGCGUGUAUGGUGAAUGUGAAAACUUGGGCGUCCUCGCUGGCCAUUCUGGAGCUGUUUUAGAUAUGAAAUUCUCCACUGAUGGAACGUUAAUAUACACUAGUAGUACCGAUAUGACAGUUUCUUUUUGGGAUAUUUAUAAGGGCCAAAGAGUCAAGAAACUUAAAGGACAUACUGGGUUUGUUAAUUCCUGUGACUCUGCAAGACGUGGACCUCAAAUGAUCACAAGUGCUUCAGAUGAUUGCACCAUAAAAGUAUGGGAUCCUAGAAAACGAGGAGGCGAUGCAGUUACUACUUUCAAUAAUAAUUAUCAAGUGAUGUCCGUAUGUUUUAAUGAUACAGCUGAUCAAGUCAUAACUGGUGGUUUAGAUAACGAAAUAAAAAUUUGGGAUUUACGUAAAAAUGCGUUACUUCAUCGUUUACCUGGCCAUACAGAUACUGUGACUGGACUUGAAUUGUCACCUGAUGGCUGUUAUUUAUUGUCUAAUGCAAUGGAUAACAGUUUGAGAAUAUGGGAUGUAAGACCUUAUGCACCUGCUGAUAGAUGUUUAAAAGUCUUCUCAGGGCAUACUCAUAAUUUUGAAAAGAACUUAUUGCGGUGUGCGUGGUCACCAGAUGGUUCAAAAGUGUCAGCGGGUUCAGCUGAUAGAUAUGUGUAUAUUUGGGAUGCCAACACUCGUAGAAUAUUGUACAAGUUACCAGGUCAUAAUGGGAGUGUAAAUGAUGUGGAUUUCCAUCCAAAAGAACCUAUUAUUAUGUCUGGAUCCAGUGACAAAGUUGUAUACCUCGGUGAGUUCGAUUGA